AUGUCAAUGUUUGGAAACAACAACUCGUCCAACAAUCAAGGCGGUGCGUUCGGUGGAAGUGGCAGCAACAACAACAACAACAACAACAACAACAACAACAAUAACAACUCAUCACAAGGCAAUAAUGCAUUUGGUUUCGGAUCCAACAAUUCCAAUGCCAAUACAAGUGCAUUUGGGCUGACUAAUAAACCUGCAGGUGGUUUUACAUUCGGAGCUGGUUCCAGCAAUCAACAAGCGCAAUCGACCUCAAGUCCAUUUAACUCAUCCAAACCUACCGGAUCUGGAUUCUCAUUUGGUGCAAGUACCGACGCAAAUAAGAGCCAAACGACAUCCGGCCAGUCUUCUCUCUUUGGACACUCUGGGCCCAAUCCCACCACUCUGAACUCCGGUGGAUUCACUUUUGGCAAAAAGGACGAAUCACCAGCAGCGGCAGCACCAGCACCAGCAUCUACAGGAGGAGCAAGUGGUCUCUUCAAUUCAAGCAAACCAGCGCAAUCAACUACAUCACAAGGCACUACACCAAGCUUUGGCGGUUUUGGCGCUCAAUCACUGACUGGGUCUCCUAGUGCCUUCAGUGGUGCGUUUGGUCAAAAGAAGGAUGGUGAUGAGCAAAAAAAGCCAGCUUUUGGUUUUGGUGCCACGUCCAAUGCCGGUCUGACUUCUUUCGGCUCUAGUCAACCACAAUCGACGUCAUUAUUUGGCGCAAAGAAAGAUGACUCUUCUGCUGCUACCAGUGCGAGCGGCACCAACACUCAAGCAACAACUUUAGGACAGCCUAAAGCUAGUGCUAUUUUUGGAAACGUUGAAACAGAAAAGAGGGUUCACUCUCCAACGCCACCAAGUGGCACUGCCUCACCAAACCCUGCGGCAAGUGCGCCAUUUAGUUUCGGUGCCAAGAAGGACGAAGCUACAAAUAAACCUGCAUUUGGCUUUGGUUCCAAAAGCGAUGCAACAACUACACCUGCAUCGGGAUCAUUGUUUGGAUCAAAAGCCGACAAUGCUUCCAGUAAGCCUACUGGAGGUUUUUCUUUUGGAGCUACAAAAGACGAUGGUGCAAAUAAACCAGCCGGAGGUUUCUCAUUUGGUGCUAAAAAGGAUGAUGAAAAGGAUAAACCUGCAGGAGGAUUCCUGUUUGGUGCUAAGAAGGACGAAGAGAAAGAUAAACCGGCAGGAGGAUUCUCGUUUGGUGCUAAGAAGGAUGAUGAAAAAGAUAAACCUGCAGGAGGAUUCUCAUUUGGUGCUAAGAAGGAUGACGACAAGGAUAAACCUGCAGGUGGCUUUAGCUUUGGUGCAAAGAAAGAUGACAACGAAUCUAAGAAGGAGACUGGCACUGCCAAUGUUGCUGCACCUUCUGCUUCAACAAGCACGUCCACAACCACUGCUGACCCAUCACAACCUAAUUUGAAACCCACCAAAAUCCAGCCAAUUGCGGUUUCCAUAGACAAUAAGAACUUGGAUGAUUUGAUUUUGAAGUGGUCUAAACAAUUGAGCUCAACUGCCAAAUUGUUCAACACGUAUACCGAUAAGGUUAAGUCAUGGGACUUGAAAUUGGUGGAAAGCGGGGAUGCAAUCACCAAGUUGAAUCAAGAGUCGAUAGAGGUGCAAGCAUUGGAGUCCAAGAUUGAUCAGCAGCUCCAAUUUGUUGAGAAUCAACAAGAUGAGUUGGAGAAAGUGUUGGACAAUUAUGAGCUGCAGACCGAUAUCUUGUUGAAUAAUCUUGAUCUCAGUAGUAAUUCGGGUGCAACGACUACAAGUGUUGGUGUUCCGGCAAUCACUGGAGAUGCCAACAGAAGCACAGCCACCGCUGGUGCAAGUGGAUCAAGCUCUGCAUUGUCUACGCGUGACGAUACACAACAGCAACGCCAACAUCAACAGCAACAAUCCCUUGUGCCCACGACCGUCAGUUUGACUGACAAAUUACGUGAAAAGGCGUACUAUAAUGCUGAACUCUUGGAUGAGAGGUUGGACACAUUGGGCGACAACUUGAAUACAUUGAUAGCGGAGGUUAAUUCAAUAAGCAACACUUUUAACAAAAGUUUAGCUAAGAACCUUAGUCCGCCAGGUGGUAGGACAGAAGGAGAAGGCAAUGAUAAGAAGGGUCAAGUUAAUAAUCAAAACUACGAUAAUGCAAUUGAAGAGAUUAUUCAAUUGUUGAAUCUUCAUUUGGAGAAUUUGAAGUUUAUUGAGAACGCAGAAGCUGCUUUAAAGAAGAAACUUGCAAAGGCAAGACGAAGUGAAUAG